AUGGCCGGCCCGGGAGCAUCGCCCUACGUCUGGGGGUGGCUGCUGCUCGGCGGUUGCCUUCUCGCCGGAGCCCAGCUGGAUUUUGAUGGCACCAUUACUAUAGAGGAGCAGAUUGUCCUUGUGCUGAAAGCUAAAGUACAGUGUGAACUCAACAUCACAGCUCAACUUCAGGAAGGAGAGGGAAAUUGUUUCCCAGAAUGGGAUGGACUCAUUUGUUGGCCCAGAGGAACAGUGGGGAAAAUAUUGGCAGUCCCAUGCCCUCCUUAUAUUUAUGACUUCAAUCAUAAAGGAGUUGCUUUCCGACACUGUAACCUCAAUGGAACGUGGGAUUUUAUGUACAGUUUAAAUAAAACAUGGGCUAAUUAUUCAGACUGCCUUCGUUUUAUGCAUCCAGAUAUCAGCAUAGGAAAGCAAGAAUUCUUUGAACGCCUCUAUGUCAUGUACACAAUCGGAUAUUCUGUCUCCUUUGGUUCCUUGGCUGUGGCUAUUCUCAUCAUUGGUUACUUCAGACGAUUGCAUUGCACUAGGAACUAUAUCCACAUGCACUUGUUUGUGUCUUUCAUGCUGAGAGCUGUAAGCAUCUUUGUCAAGGACAAAGUGGUCCAUGCUCACAUAGGAGUAAAGGAGCUGCAGUCCCUGUUGAUGCAGGAUGACCUACAAAAUUCCAUAGAAAUGCCUUCUGUGGACAAAUCAAAAUAUAUUGGGUGCAAGAUUGCUGUUGUGAUGUUCAUUUACUUCUUGGCUACAAAUUACUAUUGGAUCUUGGUGGAAGGUGUCUACCUGCAUAGUCUAAUCUUUGUGGCAUUCUUUUCGGACACCAAAUACCUGUGGGGCUUCAUCUUGAUAGGCUGGGGGUUCCCAGCUGCAUUUGUUGUGGCCUGGGCUGUUGCACGGGCAACUCUGGCUGAUGCAAGAUGCUGGGAACUUAGUGCUGGAAACAUCAAGUGGAUUUACCAAGCCCCAAUCUUAGCAGCUAUUGGGCUCAAUUUUAUUCUGUUUCUGAAUACUGUCAGAGUUCUGGCUACCAAAAUCUGGGAGACCAAUGCAGUUGGGCAUGACAUAAGAAAACAGUACAGGAAACUGGCCAAAUCAACCCUGGUCCUCGUGCUGGUCUUUGGAGUGCACUACAUCGUGUUCCUGUGCCUGCCCCAUUCCUUCACGGGGCUGGGCUGGCAGGUCCGGAUGCACUGUGAGCUCUUCUUCAAUUCCUUUCAGGGAUUCUUUGUGUCUAUCAUCUACUGCUACUGCAACGGGGAGGUUCAGGCUGAGGUGAAGAAGUUGUGGAGUCGGUGGAAUCUCUCCAUCGACUGGAAAAGGACGCCCCCCUGCGGCGGCCACAGAUACGGCUCCGUGCUCACCACGUUCACCCACAGCACCAGCAGCCAGUCGCAGGGGGCAGCCAGCGCUCGCUUGGUGCUCAUCGCAGGCAAAACCACCAGGACGGCCGGCCGCCAGCCCGACAGCCACGUGACUUUACCCGGCUAUGUCUGGAGUAAUUCGGAGCAGGACUGCCUGCCACGCACGAUCCACGAGGAGACCAAGGAAGGGAACGCGAGGCUGGGAGAGGAGAUUGCAAUGGUGGAGUCUCCCAGGCCCUUGGAAUUUAACCCAGACCCGCAGGGAAGCAGAGGAGAAACCGAGGAUGUUCUCUGA